CGCGCGUCGCGUUGAUCGUGUCUCAUUAUUAUUAUCCAUUUGAAUCAAGACUGCUCUGGUAUCUGCAGCACCCUAAAAGAAGAGCCGCUUGCGGCUUCUUUUUUGAUUUCUUAUAAGACAUGUCUUCUUCUGCAACUGUUCCACAUCGUCGACGACGGCGGGUUGAAGAUGAUGAAGACGAGACUCCAGCACAGUCUAUGCCGUCGUCUCAAUCUCAGACGCCAAAUCGUACCCGUAACAGUAACAAACGCCCUCGAGUGGAAUCAUCCCCCGAAAGUAAUGAUGAGGAAGAAGAAUCUGUCAAUACCGACGAUGACAAUGAGGAUAUCUACAGCACGUCACAAGCCAUAACUACGCGUAGUAGCGUGACGCAGACGGAUAGUACGCAGGAGACAAGCACCCAGCGAGCGGGGAAAUCUUCGUCGCUCACCAAUGGUCUUGCAUCUGAGGUGAACGGGUACAAGCCUGGUUCUAUUGUCAGGAUCAAGCUUACGGACUUUGUGACCUAUACUUCUGCCGAAUUCUUCCCAGGGCCGAAGCUGAACAUGGUUAUUGGGCCGAAUGGUACCGGGAAGAGCACCUUGGUUUGCGCGAUUUGUCUGGGUCUAGGAUGGGGACCGCAGGUAUCUUUUCCCCCGAAUAAUUUGGACAGUCUACGACUGAUACCCGUGAAACGGCUGCUAACAAUCUGCACAUUUGUCGAAUAGCACCUAGGACGAGCUAAGGAUCCUGGCGAAUUCGUAAAACACGGUUGCAGAGAAGCUACCAUCGAAAUUGAGCUUGCGCGAUCACCGAAACAUCGUCGGAACCCGGUAGUGUGCCGUACCAUCAAGCGCGAUGGCAACAAAAGCACCUUUACUGUGAAUGGGCAAACUGCUUCCCGUGCUCAGGUGUUGAAGCUUGCUCAGUCAUUCUCGAUCCAGAUCGAUAACCUGUGCCAGUUCCUUCCUCAGGAUAAAGUAAGCGAAUUCGCGGCGCUUACGCCGGUGGAGCUACUUCACUCUACGCAAAGAGCCGCCGCUGGUCCAGAAAUGGUCAAGUUCCACGACGACUUGAAGAAACUGAGGGCAGAGCAGAAGAAAUUGCAGCUGGACAACAAGGGUGAUAGGGACUUGCUCGCGAAUUUGGAAAGUCGGCAAGAGAUGCAGAGAUCAGACGUCGAAAGAAUGCGUCAGCGAGCACAGAUCAAGAAAAAAAUCCAAUUGCUAGAGUUAUCUCGCCCUGUUGUGAGGUACAAGGACCAUCAUGCAGUAGUGAAAGCUGCCAAACAGAAUCGUGAGAGAGUCUUACGUGAAAGUAAAGAGCUAGAAGAGGCAUUGGAACCUGCUUUGAAAGAGGUUAAGGCAAAAGAAGACUACACCUGGAAGCUAGAUGAAGCUGUCAAGCACCAAAAACGGAUAGUUGAGAAUGCAGAUGGGGCAGCUUCUCAACUCGCGAAGAAUAUUGAGCAAUACGAGGAUUCAAUCAAAGAUCUCAACUCCCAAAUUGAUGCUGAAAAAAAGAGUCUUCUCAAUCACAGACAGGAGGCGAGCAAAAUCACUCAAACGAUCAACAAGCUCAAGCGUCAAUUGAACGAGGAGCCGGUAGAGCUUGAUAUCGACUCUUAUAAUGAGAAAAUUAGAGAAAAACGACGGCAUAUGAGAGAGUUGGAGACCCGAGCACAGGAGAUAAAGGAUAGGAAACGGCCGCUUAUGGAUAAACUGAAUCAGAGAUCAGGUCAAAUAAAGCAAGCGGAGCAACGUUUGACGAACAUGGAUUCCCAAACUGGCCGACAAGAAGCGAAGCUCGAGAACUUAUCCCAAGAUUCACUGAAAGCGUACAGGUGGCUUUUGGAAAAUCAGGACCGAUUUGAAAAAGAAGUCUUUGGUCCGCCAAUUGUCUGUUGCUCUGUAAAAGAUCCAAAGUAUGCUGAUGUGGUAGAGUCAUUGUUUCAGAGGACAGAUUUCAUUGUAUUCACAACCCAGAGCAAAGAGGACUUCCGAACCUUGCAAAAGGCUUUGAAUACUGAACUGCGGCUUUCGGACGUCGCCAUCAGAACAUGUUCAGUCCCUCUGGAGCGAUUCCAGCCUCCUAUGUCAGAACAGGAGCUCAAAGCACUUGGUUUUCAGGGCUGGGCGAAAGAUUUCCUCAGCGGUCCAGAACCUGUUUUGGCGAUGUUUUGCAGUGAAAACCGAUUGCAUCAAACACCUGUUACACUGCGAGAUAUUUCAGAUACGGAGUACAACAGAAUGGAAAGUGGUCCAAUUAGUUCUUGGAUUGCCGGGAAGCACAGCUACCAGGUCAUUCGACGAGGAGAAUAUGGACCUGGUGCAGUGUCUACUCGCGUCAGGCAAGUACGGCCAGCAAAAAUCUGGACGUCCCAACCAGUCGACGCAUCCGUGAAGCAACAAUUGGAAUCAGAUAUCCACACAUGGAAACAAGAGUUGAAUGAAGUGCAGGAGAAAAUUGAUGCUGAUAAGGAGCUACUUACUCGGCUAGGGAGAGAGCAUCAAGCAACGGACCGAGAACGGAUUGAGGUCGAGCAGGAGAAAUCUGCCAAGCAGACGGCCCUUAUUAACUACAAGGCCAUCCCCGAGAAGAUCAAUCAGCAGGAAUCCAAGAAGAAAGACGUGGAGAGGUUUUUCGAGCGGAUCAAAACAAGAGUCAUCGAUAUCCGCAACCAGCAAGAUCAAAUCUCGAUCGAAAAGGCCGAAGCGGCUAUGGAUUAUGCUAAAUCUGUUGAGGAGCUCCGUCAACAAUACGAGCAACUUGUCAAACUCGAAGUCCAUCAUAUUGAGGCUCUUUCCGAUCUUGAAGUACUACGUGAACGUAAUUCCGAGUACCGUGCACGGUUAGAUGCGAAACGGGCUGAGCUGGAUGAAGCAUCACGGAACUCUAAGGCCGCAUCAGAGCUCGGAAGACAACUCCUACAUGAGGCGCGCAAAGUUACCGGUUCAAUUGCCGAGAACCAUCCUGAACUGAAGGAGUUACUUCCAACCCUGGCGAACCACACUAUGGAUCAGCUUGAUGCCGAUAUCGAUUCUGAAAAAGCACGUCUGGAGCUUACGCAGGGCGGUAAUAGCAACGUGAUCAAGGAGUUUGAAGAGCGUGAGAGGCAUAUUGCGGCGCUCCGCAGCAAGCUCACAGACUUCCAGAACAGCCUGAAUGGGUUUCAGGAGGCUAUUGAUGAAGUCCGUGGGACAUGGGAACCGAAGCUUGACUCCCUGGUACAGAAGAUUAGUGAUGCCUUUUCUGACUCGUUUGCUCGCAUUGGCUGCGCUGGACAGGUGUCGUUGGACAAACCAGAGGACGAGGAUGGUCCAGACUUUGAACAAUGGUCCAUCCAGAUCCAUGUCAAAUUCCGCGAGAACGAAAAUCUGUCACUACUUGAUUCGCAUCGCCAGUCUGGAGGAGAACGAGCUGUCAGCACCAUCUUCUAUCUGAUGGCAUUGCAAUCACUUUCUGCAUCGCCAUUCCGGGUCGUUGACGAGAUCAACCAGGGCAUGGACCCAAGAAACGAGCGCAUGGUUCAUGAACGGUUGGUCGAUAUCGCGUGCGGUGACAGUAUAACUGGAAAUGGAGGUCACGGGGGCGGGCAAUACUUCCUCAUUACGCCUAAAUUGCUCAACGGGCUGGCCUACAAGCCCGGCAUGAAGGUCCUGUGUAUCGUCAGUGGUGAGCACAUGCCGGAGGACUAUGACCUGGUUGAUUUCGGUCGCGUAAUCAGGCGGAUGCGGGAAAUCGCCGGCAAGGGGAAGGGCAGGGCUCUGGAGAUGCGUGGCGGUAAUGCAGGUGUGGGUGUUUCUGCUUGACUUGAAGAUUUUAAUGAUACCUUGCAUGCGUUUGGAUGAAUGUAUAUAUAUAUCUUCUUGAUAUCCUGGAGCGCAAAUAGGCAGAGGACUUUCCCUGUACAGUAUAAUGAAUGGAAUACCAAGCACACUAGUUGCGCUUGGACUGGCCUAAGCCCAGUCAAAAAGACCAACAAGAGCGCCAACCGGCAUUUCCGUGCUUCCUUUUAAUCUGGAGCUGUAGUAUUCUACUUACGUGCUAGACCAAGAGCCAGGCAACUUGAAAGAUGUCGAUCGCCUCCGGUCUUUUCAUUCCGUACUCAAUGCUCAUUGUUCGCCAGUUGACUUCGUUGAGGUCAACAUUCAGAGUGCAUAUACCCUAUGGCAGGGUUCCUUGGAGUAUACCCUCUGCUUGCGGAGACUGAUACAAAGAGAUUACCAG